AUGGGUCAAUUCCACCAUCUCCUCGCAUGUCUCCAGGCGGGCAGUCAGGUUGCACCAGGUUAUACUUUCAACUGCUAUUUUGCUGGCUAUGGGACUGAGAUUGAUGAGGGAGUUCACAGGUUGAUUACCUACAUCUUUGUCUACGAAGACAUGAUAUCCUUGACCUGUGGUGCUGUUAUCAUCUGGUAUUUUGCUGGCAGCUUUGAGAAGAACGUUGGCACUGCAAAGCACUGCUUCCUCACCAUCGCAUUCGCCGUCCUCUCUGCCCUUCUGUACCUCUUACUCGAGACCAUUGUCUCGAGGGUAUCAGAGGUGGAAGAUGCCAAAGGAUUCAUGCCAGUAGCUUUUGCUACGUUGGGUGUCUCCACCACCCGCUCACGGAUGAAGAGUACUAUGUUUUUUGGGGUUAGAAUUCCAGUGGUGCUGGUGCCAUGGUUUAUACUCUGCAUAGCGUGGUUUAUCCCCCGCUCUUCUCUCUUGAGUAACCUGUGUGGGCUUCUAGCUGGGGAAGCAUAUGGUUUUGGUUACUGUUUCUGCUUGGAUUUUCCGGAGUCAGUGAGCUCUAAGCUGGACCGAGUGUUCCCUUUCAGGCUGCUAAAGAGGAUACCAGGGCUCAAAUAUAUCCCAGGGUCCUUAGCUGAGAGAAGAGCCUUUGAAAGCAGCAAGAUUAACCCCGCACUGGGUGCCUACCCCACCCAAAGCUACUACUGCUCUUCGCCUCCAGCUGUUCCUGCUUUCCAGAUGCAACACCCCAAUGCUCAGAGCCAGGGGUUUCAACACAGCUGUGUGCUGUAG